GCACUUGCCUGACUCCAGGGACAGGUGGCGGUCACAUCUCCAGAAAACAUAGGAAAGAAGGGAAAUUGGACCCAUGAGAGACCGCAUCCUCCCGCGACCCCAUCGCCUUGAGCUGCAUCGGGAAGGAACGCCCUUGCCUGCCUUCUAGAACCCCUUUGCUAGGCUGCAAAGCAACCUGCCACAGGCAGGGCGGAAAAGUCGGCUGCAGAAACAGCAUGACCGUUGCGCAGGCGCAGCCCAUAGCCUUCAGGAAGCCACUUCCUGCCUGGUUUCCUAGCAACAGGGAAGCGUUGUUGACAUCCACAGAAACUGCAGCUUAGGCUUGAGAGUGGAGCUGUCCCACAGGCGCGAUGACAGAAGUGGAGGAAACCCUCAAGAGAAUCCAGAGCCACAAAGGGGUCAUCGGAACGAUGGUGGUCAAUGCAGAAGGCAUUCCAAUCCGAACAACCCUGGACAACUCCACAACGGUUCAGUAUGCGGGUCUCCUCCACCAGCUGACCAUGAAGGCUAAGAGUACAGUCAGGGACAUUGACCCCCAGAAUGACCUGACUUUUCUUAGGAUCAGAUCGAAGAAACACGAAAUCAUGGUAGCCCCAGGUAACGGGACACGUAGCUUCCUCCUUAAAAUGCUUCUCCGUUUUGCUGGCUUAAAGCCUUGUUUCAAAGACUGGGGGAUUGUGGGAUCUUGGCGGAGAUGUGGAUCUUAAUAUGUAACUCGAAGUACAAAGCUCUUUGAUUGCAAAGACAAAGUUUGAUUCAGAAGGGCCAAACUCAAAAGUGGUAUGAAAUUACCAAAAUAACUUGGCCUUUGAACAAGCUGAAUUUUACCCCCCUACACUUACUAGUUAUCAAGACGGAUGAUGGAAACACAGCACAUGGACUUUGUGCAUAGUGGCAGAAAUGGCCUAUCCUGGGACUAAAGUAGGAGGUAUAUCAAAAGCCUAUCAAGUGUAACCUCCCUGGGAGGUGAAUGCGGCCAGCUGGUCUACUGGAAGACACAGCCACAGGGUCACUUCCUUGGGGGAAUUGUGUUCCCAGUGUUUCUGAAUAACUGUAUUAGUCACAAGCCCAGCAGAUAGCAUGUUAUCACAUCAGAUGAACAGUUAAAGUUUUAUGUUACUGCACAUGAACACUGCUUGCUGAAUGUUUAUCCAAAUUAGCCAUGCCCAGGGACAACAAACAAAUGAGGUCAGGAGUGCUGUGCCAAGUCUGGGUGCUUUAAACUUUUCCAGUGUGUCAUGGGAAUUCUGGUGUGGAGUCAGCUGAAGCGUUUGAGGGAAUAUGAGUGAGUUAACCUCAUGUUUCUCCCUAGAUAAGGAAUAUCUUCUGAUUGUCAUUCAGAACCCAUGUGAGUAGACCUGCUGUGGCCAACCCUGUUCUCGUCGAUACCUGGAGGCCCUUCCCUCCUCUAAUCCAUGAUAUUGUACCCUGAUUGAGUCCAGAGAUGUGCUCUCCUGUUUGGACAAUGGAACUGCUCUACACAAUUCCCUAGUCCCUUUGGCUGUGUUGUGGUACUUUUGCUGUAUAAUAAACAAAUUCUGCUAUUA